AUGAGGGUUCUCACGUCAACGCCUGGGGCGAACGAUCCUCAACCCGCCGACAUCCCGCAUUCACGCACAGCUGCUGCCGCAGCUCCUCAGCACAGCGACCAGCGCCCCAACACCCGUGACCGUCGAGACGGCGCCCUGAGCCCCCGCUCGUCAUCCGCCACCAGAGCGCCCGAACACCGCAGCGGAACCAUGGCUGAAUCUCGCGUCAACGGCGCAAACGGAUCUGCGCCCGCGCGACCACUGAUGCUGCGCGCAAAGAGCGAUUUUGGACCGCGACACAACGAGCACCAAGUGCAAGAUGAGGAUGAACACGAGCACGGUGAUGGAGAGUGGACCAUCCGACACGGUUGGGAGUCUCAGCUCACUUCAGAGGAAUACCAGAAUCUAUUGAGCUCGACUUUUUUCAUGUACUUCACCGACAAGAAACACGAAACCAAUGGCAACCCCAAGGACGACAGUGAGAUAUAUCCGCUUCAGGAAUGGCGCAUGAAGGACAGGCUGAAGACGGUCUCGGCUGUGCUCGCCCUUUGCCUGAACAUUGGUGUGGACCCGCCCGAUGUGAUCAAGACGAACCCGUGUGCGAAGUUGGAGUGCUGGAUCGACCCCACCAUCUCGACAGGGACCUCCGGUCACACUCCCAUGAACAACAUUGGGAAGGCGCUGCAGACUCAGUACGAACAGCUGAGCAUGCGCACCCGUUACAAGCUGUGUCUUGACCCGACAGUCGAUGAGACUCGCCGGUACUGCUCCACACUGCGCAAGAACGCCCGUAACGAGCGUGUCCUGUUCCACUACAAUGGUCAUGGUGUGCCGAGGCCGACCUCGUCGGGAGAAAUCUGGGUCUUCAACAGGAACUACACCCAGUACAUUCCCAUCUCGCUUUACGAUCUACAAUCGUGGCUCGGCGCACCUAGCCUGUUUGUGUAUGACUGCUCCGACGCAGGUCUCAUCAUCCAGAAUUUCAACAAAUUUGCAGAGAAGCACGAACAAGAGAACGCUGAGGUGCUGAGAAGGGAGCCUAAUGCAGAGAUCAUGGACUUCAGCGACUGCAUACAUCUAGCAGCGUGCAGGGAGAAGGAAACUCUGCCCACCAACCCUGAUCUUCCGGCUGACGUAUUCACGUCGUGCUUGACCACGCCCAUUGAAAUGGCUGUCCGCUUUUUCAUCCUACAGAAUCCUCUGCCGACGGGAAUAACACUUCAGGAUGCGGCAAAUAUUCCAGGGCGCGUCUCUGAAAGGCGUACUCCGAUUGGUGAGCUCAACUGGAUCUUCACAGCCAUUACGGAUACCAUUGCAUGGAACUCGCUGUCCAAGCCGCUGUUCAAGAAACUUUUCCGCCAGGAUCUGAUGGUUGCGGCUCUCUUCCGAAACUUUCUGCUAGCGCAGCGCAUUAUGCGAGUGUAUCACUGCCACCCCCAGUGCUACCCGGAAAUUCCCGAGACUCAUGAUCACCCGCUGUGGAAAAGCUGGGAUCUGGCCGUGGAGAUGAUCCUCGCUCAAUUGCCGAACUUGAUCGCUGCAGAACGGGGAGAGAAGCAAUACGAGUAUCAACACUCCAACUUCUUUGCGGAGCAGCUCACGGCCUUCGAAGUCUAUCUCGACCAGGGUGGCGCCAUGGAGCAGAGAGUUCCUGAGCAACUCCCUAUCGUCCUUCAGGUUCUCCUCAGUCAAGUGCAUCGUCUCCGUGCUUUGAUAUUACUCAGCAAAUUCUUGGAUCUUGGUCCGUGGGCUGUUAACCUAGCCUUGAGCAUUGGUAUCUUUCCCUAUGUUCUGAAGCUUCUGCAGUCACAAGCCAUGGAACUGAAGCCCGUCAUGGUCUUCAUCUGGGCCCGCAUCUUGGCAGUAGACCAAUCGUGUCAGACCGAUCUGCUUAAGGACAAUGGAUACACCUACUUUAUCAGCAUUCUCAAUCCUAACUCGGGUAUCCCAAUCGGCAAUCAGAGCGAACAUCGCGCCAUGUGUGCGUUCAUUGUUGCCAUGUUCUGCAAAGAUUUCCACCAAGGCCAGGUGGUUUCACUCAGCCCGGAGGUCUUUGAGAGUUGUCUGGGUCACCUUGGAGAUUUACACAACCCCCUUCUCCGACAAUGGUCAUGUCUGUGCCUGAGCAUGCUGUGGGUCGACUACCCUGAGGCCAAGUGGACUGGCAUCCAAGUUCAAGCCCAUCAACGCCUACUUUUCCUACGCACAGAUCCAGUUGCCGAGGUGAGAGCCUCGAUGCUUCACGCUCUUACCACGUUUUUGGGCAUUCCCGAUGUCACCCCUCAGGUCGCGCAGAUUGAGGAGUCGAUUGCUGGAAACCUUUUGUUCAUGGCACACGACGGCAACAGCAUGGUUCGGAAAGAACUUCUCGUCUUCUUCUCCACCUUCGUGGCACGAUAUGACAACAAGUUUGUCGUUGCUGCUUUCAAGCAGCUUCAGGAAGAGCGAAAUGCGCUUCGAAAGUCCUACGAAGGUGUUGAGGAGGUUAACAGUGACGCAGGAACGGAGUCGCCUAGCGUUCUGCCCCAGAACACCGUUUUCUCGGCCAUGUGGAAGGAUAUCCUUAUUCUCUCCGUUGACCCCAACCCUGAGGUCGCAGACAAUGCUUGCGUAAUAGUCGACUACGUGCUGAACGCAGUUCUUGAGUCACCUCUUGCAUCAUACGCGCAGACUCUAAUGGAUGAGAUCGCGCAGAUCAGCGCUGAAGCCAAGAAGAAGGCGCCUCGUAGUUCAUACGCGGACCAAUCUCAUUCAGUACCGCAGCCAUCCCAGUCAGCUGAGCCGUCCGUCCCGUCAAAGCAAGACGGCUUCCUGUCCGCCGGUAUGCGUAGGACCGCAAGUGUUGCUGCAUCUCUCAAGAACCUGGCGUUUGGCUCGCACUCAAGCUCCGACGGAAGUCCAGUAAACAGCACGAAGAGCAUGACUAGGUCCAACACUACUGGAUCACGCGGUCGCAUCCCUAGCGAGUGGAAUCGUCCACCUGACGAAAAGGACUCGGUUCGCACAGCAAUGUCGUCGAACUCUCCGGACAAGGUUCCCACAACGCGGACGUACCGGCGGCGUGACCCUCACCAAAAGCCGAGCAUUCCAUUGAGGAGUAAGUUUUUCGAAUGGUCAGCGGAAUACUUCCGCGAGCCGCAGAUGAAGCCUACCGAGGGCGAUGAACCUGGCAGCAUGGACUAUAACAUGCGACUGUGGCGCCGUAAUCGUAACGAUAAGAUCAUCGCCGAGACGCAGCCGCUCAAGGACGUUGCAGGAAGCAAUCGGUGGGACCGACCAAGGGGUUUCUUCAACAAUGGCAGCCAGCCUCAGAAAAUGUGCUUCCAUCAGUUCGAGGAACAUCUCAUUGUCACAGACGACAGCGACACGGUUUGUGUCUGGGAUUGGGAGCGGCACACUCGCCUCAACCGCUUUUCGAACGGCAAUCCGGUUGGAUCGAAGAUGACAGAAGUCAAGUUCAUCAACGAGGAUGACCAGGCGUUGUUGAUGACUGGGUCGUCUGACGGCGUUGUCAAGCUUUACCGCGACUACGAGGACCCUAGCAAGGUGGAGCUUGUAUCGGCUUUCCGCGCCCUGACCGAUCUAGUACCCAGCAACAGGUAUGCUGGGCUCGUCUUCGACUGGCAGCAAGGCCGUGGCCACAUUUUGGUGGCUGGUGACGUUCGCGUGAUCCGUGUCUGGAAUGCCGGAAGCGAGACGUGCACGCAGGAUAUCAAUGCCCGAUCGGGCUCUUGCAUCACCUCGCUUACAUCGGACCAAGUCGAAGGCCAGGUGUUUGCGGCCGGCUUCGGCGACGGCGCGGUGCGCAUAUACGACCAACGCAUGGAAAAGAAGCGCGAGAUGGUAAAGGUCUGGAAGGAGCACAAGCAGUGGAUCACAAACAUCCAUCUCCAACGCGGCGGUCAGCGCGAGCUUGUCAGCGCUUGUCGUGAUGGCGAAGUCAAGCUGUGGGACAUUCGCAUGGACCGCAGUGUGAAGACCAUCCAGGCAACAAGAGACACGCUUAGAAGCUUGAGUGUGCAUGAGCACGCGCCGGUCUUCGCAGUUGGUACGGAGCGUCAUGUUGUCAAGCUGUUCAACCUGAACAGCGGUAAGUCUCUCUCAAGCUUUGAGCCAUACUCGGGCUUCCUCCAAAACAAGCGGUAUACCCCCAUCUCGACGACAGCCUUCCAUCCGCACAGGAUGAUGAUCGCAGGCUCGGCGCUGCACGAUUCACACAUCAACAUCUACGAGUGCAGCGGACUGGGCAACUAUUCCGAUGGUGGUAACCGCGAGUGA